UUCUUCAUUUUGAACACUUCUUCCUAUGUAUCGAAAACUCACAGCAAAUUCUUCCCAUGUUCAUGGAUGGUUCUCCCCUUCCGAGACACGCAGCCACAGAGGGUAUAUAAGCAUGGUUACAACAAUGUUCUGCAGCAACCCAGGAGAGCAAACUGCUCUGUCUUUCACAACAAGCAAUCACCCAACUUAUUGUCGGCAGUUUAAUGAAGAAAGGCGAAGACUUUGAGCGUGUUUUCCAAUGCUUCGACGAAGAUGGCGAUGGGAAAAUAUCAGCCUCAGACUUGGGGCAUCGGCUGGGUCUCAUGGGCGGCGGAGAAGUGUUUUUGCAGGAGGCCAAGUUUGCAGUCGAGGCAUUGGAUUCCGACGGAGAUGGUUUCUUGGGUUUGGAGGAUUUUGUUGGGCUAAUGGAAGUAGGGGGAGAGGAAGAGAAGAUGAAGGAUUUGAGAGAGGCUUUUUCAAUGUAUGAUAUGGAAGGGUGUGGGUUUAUCACACCCAUGAGUUUGAAAAGGAUGCUCAGCAGAUUGGGGGAGUCAAAAUCUGUUGAUGAGUGCAGGGUGAUGAUCAAUCAGUUUGAUUUGAAUGGAGAUGGUGCCCUUAGUUUUGAAGAAUUCAGAGUUAUGAUGCAGUAAUCUUUUUAGGUUUUCCAUGUUAUGAGUGUUUAUGAUCCUUUAACUUCACAAGUUUGUAAAUUAUUCUGUUGAAAUUUUAUUAUCUACAAAAGUUUCCAUGUGUUACUACUCAUCCCCUAUUUUGAAAAUACUUUUUGGAAA